AUGAUUUCAAAAAAUUUCAUUUAGUGCGGUGUAAAUUUAUCGGAACAUUAAGGUGUUGUCUAAACAGAGGAGGAAAUCAAUGACGAAGAAAAAGAAGAUAAUUUACAAAAUAGAUUUAUUAAAUAAUUAAAAUAACAAUAAAUAAAAGGCUCAAAUUCAGAUUCAAGCUUGAUUAGUGAUAGCGAUGAAGGAUAGGGGAUUUAACUUGAAAUUAAUGUUAAAUCGUAAUAUAAAAAGUAUUAAAGAUUUUGA